AUGGAUGAAAAAUCGAUUGGAGCAAUCUCUCUGCAAGGGCCCACCUGUUGGAAAGGGUACAUCGAUAACGCAGCAAAUCAAAAGGGCUCUGGGGUGGGACUAGUACUGAUUUCCCCCGAGGGGAUUACCAUUGAAAAAUCGCUGAGACUAGGCUUCUCGACCACGAAUAACGAGGCAGAAUAUGAAGCCCUGCUGGAAGGAAUGGUCAUGGUCGAGAAAUUGGGCGGGAAGUCCGUAAACAUGUUCUCGGACUCAAGACUUAUUGUGGGUCAAGUAAAUGGUGAAUUAGAGGCAAGGGAUGAAAGAAUGCAAGAGUACCUAGACCAAGCUAAACGCCUGCGGUCAUUUUUUGAUCCUUUUAGCCUACUACACAUAUCCAAAAGCGGAAACACCAAUGCCGAUUCUUUGGCCAUGCUGGCCACCUCCUCAGCUUAA